GCAACCAGAAAACAUACGAAAGCAAAUUACAACGUUUUUUCCAUUGUCCGAGGAACCCAUUUAAAUCGCAAAAAUGUUCAAGUUCUUCUUAGGCGGUGGCGGAAACCAGGAGAAAACAGAUGAUGUCGGUGGCGGCGGAGGCGACCCCAUGGAUCUGCAGGCCUUGCCGGAGGGAUGCAUAGCCACCGUUGUCUCGCUGACCACGCCUCGGGACGCGGGCACAAUGUCGUCGGUUUCGAGGAGUUUCAGGUCGGCCGCCGAAUCCGACGCUGUUUGGGACAAGUUCCUUCCCCCCGAGAUCCACACUAUCAUGUCCUCCUCGUCGCCCUCACAGCCGCCGCUUGUGUCUCCCUCCUUCACCUCCAAAACCAAGAAGGAGCUUUUCCUCGCUGUGUGCGACAACCCUGUUCUCAUCGAAGAGGGCAAGUUGAGCUUUUCGCUGGACAAAUGGAGUGGGAAGAAAUGCUAUAUGAUCGCUGCAAGGGCCCUUUCGAUUGUUUGGGCUGACACUCCUCACUACUGGAGAUGGAUUUCUGUCCCCGACUCGAGGUUUGAGGAGGUGGCGGAGCUUAUUAGUGUGUGCUGGCUUGAAAUCCGUGGCAAAAUUGGGACACGGAUGCUGUCCCCAUCCACCCUUUACAAAGCUUUUCUUGUAUUCAAGUCAAUUGCAGGGGCUCAUGGAUUUGAGAACCAACCUGUGGAGGUCACAGUGGGUUUAAUUGGGCAGGAGCCCACGAAACAUGUGGUGUUUCUGGACGUGCAGAGAGGCCAAACCCAAGGCCAGGGCUACCACGUUGCCGGGCCUUGGCAUAUUGGCCUCUUCAACCGCAGACACAUUCCCGGCCUCCAGUCGUUCCAGUCGUUCCAGCCAAGGGAGAUCAACGAGGCCCAGUACCCGAAAGAGCGGAACGACGGGUGGCUGGAGAUAGAGAUGGGGGAGUUCUUCUGCGAAGGGGGUGAAGGUGGGGAGUUGGAGAUGACUUGCAUGGAGGUUAGGGGUGGACAGUGGAAGGGUGGCCUCAUUUUUCAAGGGAUUGAGGUCAGGCCUAAAAGGAUGUAGAAAUCAAGUGGCGGUAGGGUAAUAUUGUCCUUUUGAAUUCAAAAUAUUAUAAAAUUGAGCUAUGGUAAUUCAGAUUAAAAAUGAUGUGAUAUCCACACAUCCUAUUUUACUUCUCACACAUCUUUUUAAUUUUCGGCCAUCGGAUCAAAUGAAUUGAAGAAGAUCAACGGACAGAAAUUACUAAGGAGGUAUGAGAAGUAAAAUAGAGUAUGUAAAUAGCACAUCCCGAUUAAAAAAGGUGUUUGCCUUUUUAUCUUCCUUGUUUUGCAUUUGGAAAAUGUCGCAAUUGAAACGUGUCAAUGUCAUGGUCAAUUGCUAGCUUUGUUGUGGCUUUGUGUUGGUACUAGAGAAAUAUAAAGCUAUCGGUACCAUAGAAAAGUCAAAGACUUGUGAAGAUUGAGUUUGGUUUUUAUGUUUA